UGGGACCGUAUAUUGCUGUUUGUUUGAGAUUGCGAAAUUGAAGAUAACAAAAUCGAAGGAAAUGCAAUGGACGUUUCCCGCCCAGGCGCCUACAACUAUAAAACGCUACUAUGCACCAAUAUACCCGAACUGUUCCUGGACAAAUUCGUGGCCCGCACACAUUUCGGGCGCUUUGGAAAUUUGGUAAAUUUCGUGCUCCGACCGUGUCGCAUGACCUGCACUGUGAGCUAUGCCACCGAGGAGGAGGCAGAGCUAGCCCUGCACGAAGGCAACGUCUACAACGGGCACGAGUUCCACAUGUCGUAUGCCGAGAACGAGACCGCACCGGCCCAAAAGACAGAGCAGUGGGUGGAUCCCGAAGUGCAGGCCGAACUGAAUGCCCUAAGCAGCGGCUGGCCGAAAGAAUACCAGCCUUCGAAGCCCAUCAAAAUGACUCCCGAGCUGCCUGCGGCUGGCUCCAGAUCGCAACAACAUUCCUCUUCGCAGGCACCCAGCGAACGUAGAGAGCGAGAGCCGCCCGCCCAGUCCAAGGCCUACGCACAGGAGCUGGAGGCUGUGAUGUUGCGGCCCGCGUACACCAGCGAGGAGAAGUACCGGGUACUCGAUGCUAGGGACAAGCUGCUGCGUCUCAACCAGUCACACCGUCAGCUGGAUAUCCAGAAGUCGGGCAGCACUCAGGGCUAUUGCCCGGACAUGUGUCCGGAGAAGGAGCGCCUGCUGCGUGAGUUCCAGCGCCAGGUGUCCGUUUUCGAGCUGCAGCCCGACUCUCUGUCGCGGCAGCCCGGUGGCUUGAUCUCCCAUGAGCUGGCCCUCAAGCAAUAUUCACGCAGCAGUGCCGACCAGGAGACGCCGCUGCCUCACGAACUGCGCGGCGAGCCCGCGCUGCACAUGACCAUGAGCUACCUGAUGCACGAGAUCAUGGACAACGACCGGGAGCCGCUGGGCGAUUGGUUCCACUUUGUGUGGGACCGCACGCGCUCCAUUCGGAAGGAGAUCACCCAGCAGGAGCUCUGCUCUUUGGGAGCCGUCAAGCUGGUGGAGCAGUGUGCCCGCUUUCACAUCCACUGCGCGGGUCGUCUGGUGGCCGAGGAUCCCAGUGUCUUCGAUGGCAAGAUCAAUGCGGACAAUCUAACCAAGUGUCUGCAGACGCUGAAGUACAUGUACCACGACCUCCGGCUGAAGGGGGUACAGUGCCCCAGGGAGGCCGAGUUUCGGGGCUACAUUGUCCUGCUAAAUCUGGCCGAUGCCAACUUCCUGUGGGACGUGGGCCAGCUGCCCGACGAGCUGCAGACCUGCGCUGAGAUCCGGCAGGCCAUCCAGUUUUAUCUGUCGCUGCAGGACACCAACUUUGUGCGCUUCUUCCAGCUGCUGAGGCAUCCGGAAACAAGCUAUCUGAGUGCCUGCAUCCUCGUGAGGUACUUCACACGCCUGCGCGUGCUCGCCCUGCACCGCCUCAUCCAGGGCUACAGGGCACCACGCAAGAACGAGGUGUCCUCGCUGCCCCUCGCCUAUGUGGCCCAGAUGCUGGCCUGUGAAAGCCAGCAGGAGGCCGCCAACUUUGUCCAGCACUAUGGCCUGGAGAUCAACCAGGACAAUCGCGUAGUACUCACCUCAAUGGACAAUCCGGAGGUGGACUACAAGCUGGAGCGUCAGCUGGAGCUGGUGGAGUCCAAGCGAUAUCAGAGCGUGGGUGAAUGCAUCUGCGGCGAGCCCCUGCCGCCCAAGACCCUCUAUAGCAGCCAUCGUCCGCACAACAGUUUCAAUGCGCACCAAAUGCUGAAGAGAAGCGCCUGGUCGGCCAAGGAUCAGAUGCCCAACCAGGAGCCAGAAGAGGAUUCCCUCAAACCACCUCAUCAAAGGGACAACCUGUUUAAGGUGCCCAUGCAGCCGGCAACAGCGGGCGCAGGAGGCUUCAGCUUUUCGCCGCCCAAAUCGAGGAUGCAGGAGGCAGCGGCUGUUGCUCUGGCAGAGCAACAGCGCCAGCAGCAGGCCCAAAGGGCCCAGGAAGAGGCCAGAAUGAUGGCUCUGCAGCAGGCCAUAGCUGCGGCCAAGCAGCGUGAGGCCGAACUUAUGGCUCUCCAGGCAGCUAAGGCUGCGGAAGCGGAGCGCGUGCGCCAGCAGCGCCAGCAAGAGCAGGAGGCGGAGUUGCUGCGUCGCAGGCACGAACAGGAGGCGGAGCAGCAGCGAAAGCAGCAACAGGUGCAGCAAAUGCAGGAGACGCUGGAACAGCAGGAGAGACAGCGUCGGGAGCAGCAACAACUGCAGGUGCAGCAGCGUGAGUCCCGCCAGCAGGCCCAGGCCCUCCGCCUGUACGAGGAACUGUUCGAGGAGACGCUGCACAGUAUAGCUUCCCACCAGCAUAUUCUCGAGCAGCAGUUCCGCCAAUACUUUGAUCACAUGGUGGAUAGCAUCACCAGUGAGCUGGUGGAGCGCGAGGUCCAGAAGUCCAUCUACGAGAUGGGUCUGAUGCGCAUUUAUUGGCGGCGGUGGCGCGACUUUCGUCGUGUUCAGCAGCAGAAGGACACGCUGUUCAACCAGCUGCCGCUCAGCUUCGGUGCCGAGAAGCCGGAACAACUGGUCGACGAGCAGUCCGUGGAGGAUUCGCUGCGUCUCAUACGACGCUAUCGGCAGGGCGAGGCCUGCAACUAUAACCAGCUGCUGACCGGCAUGGGUGAUCGCAGCUGCUGGCUGAAGCUGGAUCUCUGGAAGGUGCUCGCCCAGUAUCUGCCGCAGGGCCAGCCAGGAGCGCGACGCUUCUACAAGCUGCUGCUCUCCCUCCCCGAGGGCGAGAAGGGACUCAAGUUUGACUACAGCCUGGAUCGAGGACUCCUGCAGCGGCCGCCGCUGCAGAACACAGACGAACCGGUGCCGGUGCCGCAGCCAGGCGGCUAUAUACAUGGCGUGGCCCAUGGCGUGGCCCUCAGUGUGCUGAAGAUUCGCGUUGGACAAGAGUCCAGGUCAUCGACAUGGGCCCAUGCCGAUGGUAUCGUUUGCUUUGCCAGCUCUUCGGACCUGCAGGAGAUCCCCCAUCGCCUCCAGUCCAUCAUCCAGGAGAGUCGUUGCGCCGAUGUAGCUCUGGUCUUGGAGAGUCCGAUGCACGCGCCGACACUCGAGGAGGGGCUGUGGCGGCAGCUGAAGCAGCAGCUCGAUCAACUGGGCCUCCGAUCCUGGAGUAUCUUAUGCCAGCGGGAGACGUCGCAGCGCAGUCAGCUGAUGCCGAUGAUGCAGUCGGCCCUGACGUUUCUGGCCCAGCAGCCGCAUCGCAGCCGCGGCGGGAUUCUUCGGCAAGAAGAGCUGCGGGGUUUCCUUGUCGACAACCUGGGGCCGGAGCUAUUCCGACGCCUCAGGCAUGCGGCAGACGUAGACCAGACCAUCCGGCGGAAGAGCCGUGAGUCGCCGCAGUUCUGCGUUGAGUUAUACAAUGAGGCAGUGCGUCGCCUGCAGCUGGUGGCUGGCGAGGAUCUGCAGCACUGUCCUCAGUUCCCACAGGACCUGCGUCCGUUCGUAGAGCCCUUGUCUACGCUGGAGCCCCUGCCAGAGAGCCGUCUGGAAUACUUUGUGUCCGGAUGGGAGCGACCGAACCAACGCGGGCGCAUUGUCCAGCUGCUGGAACUGGCCAAGCUGCCUCAGAUGCCUGCGCUGCCAUUGCGCCGAGAUAAGCAGGAAGACCUCUGCCAGUGGGUGCUGGACUGUGUCCAGGCAAGCCAGCAGGAGGAUCUGGUGGAGUGCAUCUGCCUGCAGGCCGUACCCUGCUUGGAGCAGGAGGCGCCCAACUACCUGGACCUAACGCAGCUGUUGGCCCUGGAGCGACUGCAGUUUGUGCUGCGACGGGAGCUGGACCUCCCCAAGGUCAUUGUCUACAGGACACGCACCAUGAAGAGCUACUUCCAAUCGCCGUGGUACUACGAUUUUCAGCAGCCCGAACCAGGUUCCCCCGAACCACCUGUCGAGGCGGUAGAGUCUCCCCCGCCCAUGGAGGAGCUUAACUUUGACGACAUCGUGAGCAAAGCUGAGAGCGUGCUGGCCAUCUGCGAAAAACUGAGUGAAGAGCGCCGCACCCUGAGGGAUCUCAAUGUGGCGCGCACGCCGAAGUACCAGAGCAGCAGCAGCAGCGGCAGCAGCAGUAGGUAUCCCCAACAGAAGCAGAAGCACGACGCCGAGAAUCUUCCCAAACGCCAGCGAAUGGACCUUUGACGCUAGAUUAAGAUUAAGAGUCGA